ACAAACAUAUUUUCAAUCGUACGUGCAGAUAUCGCAAACACUCCGAUAGAUGUCUCUAAUUUAUUUUGUACUUGCGCUAUAGAUCGUUUAGAUCUCUACCGACGUUCGAUGUCGGCAGAUCGCGCAUUUACGAUAUUUGUUCUCUCUUGCUUCUAUUUGUGACAUAUAUGUUAAUAUUGAAGAUGUUUGUUUAAAUGCGAAAAAGAGUAUUAAACAAAAUCUAAUUCUUGGUGUCUUUACUGGCGAAUGACAAAUAAUUAAUGUAAUAUUAUGUCGACGUUAAAUGAAUAUACUUGUCAACUAUCUACGGAGGAGAAAGCGUAUAUGGCGGCUAAUUUGAAUGAAACAGACGAAACCAGACCAAUUAAAAUUGCUGAAAUAAGGCAAUGGAUAACGGAGAAUGAAGAUUUACACGCACCUACUGAUGAUUUUUUCAUUCUACGUUUCUUGAGGGCAUGCAAAUUUAAUAUCGAGAAGACAAAAUCUAAAUUAUGGAAUUAUUAUAAGCAGAGGGCGAAUCUUCCAGAAUGGUAUAGCAACAGAGAUCCAUUUCUACCAGAGUUGCAAGAACUCUUUGAUUUGGGGGUGUUUUUGCCUUUAAGAAAAUUAGAUAACGAAGGCAGAAUGGUUGUGAUAAUACGUGCUGCAGCACAUUCUCCUAAUAGACACAAAAUGUCAGACAUGUUGAAGGCAUCGUUGAUGAUUUUGGAUCUAGCUUUACGAGACCACGAAUCCGUAACGAUUCACGGUAUAACGGCUAUCUUGGAUAUAAGUGGAAUUACAUAUGAGCAUGUAUUUCAAUUACCACCGAGUGUUAUUAAAAAUCUAGUUCACGCAUGGCAGGGCUGCUAUCCUGUUAGAAUUUACUCGUUGGAUUUUAUCAAUACUCACAAAUUCAUAAAUACAGUCUUAAACGUUUUCAGAAGCUUUAUGACUACAAAGUUGAAACAAAGAGUACAUGUUCAUGCACGUGAUAAAUUAAAGUUAUACGAAACUUUGCCAGUGAAUAUGUUGCCAAAGGAAUAUGGCGGUAUGAAUGGAACAGUGAAGGAAUUAAGUGAGUAUUGGAAGCGUACGGUUAUAGAGAACGGAGAGUGGUUCGCCGAGCAAGAAAAAUACAAAUUGACGUUGAUUAAGUAACUAGAUUGAGACUAAUUUGCAAUAACGAGGGAUUGCACAUGCAAUUGUUCAGAUGGUUAAUAAAGAACUACGUGAUAGACAUCUUGAAAUAUUUUUUAUUUUUUUUGUAAAUGAUUUUUAAACAGAAAAUAGAGAACGGAAAACGGAAAUAUACAGUGCUUCUGUUCUUUUGUUCUAAAACAUGCUUCCUAUGUAUUCCUUGCAGAAUAAUUUUAUUCAAAGUAACCGUUUCUCUAAAACACGAAUAAUCAAGAAGAUCGAUAAAGUAUAAAAUAUAAUUGCUAUAAUUUACAUUCUACAAUAUGGUACAUAUUUCGUAUCUUAGAACCACUAAGCACACUAGCGCAUAUUAAUUAUUCUAAUUAUAUAUAUAUAUCCAUCCGGUAAUUAUCUCGGUCAAAGUUUGCUUUUAUACAUUAUUUCAUAUAUUCCUCUCGUGGAAACGUAUUUCCAUUCCACGCUUAGAGAAACGCUUUCUCCGUUUCCCGUUUAACUACACAAUUCCUCUUGACGUCAGAAGAUAAAUAAAACAUACAUUUAAGUCAUGGGCAAGUAAAACUGUCCUAUAUCUAAUUUGCUAUUUGUUAACUUAACCACUUACAACAAAUUUACGACAAAUACCAGGGCACAUUGUAUUGGAUUUAAGUAAAGAUCGUCUCAUUCAUCGCCAAGCAAUCUGUACAGCAUAUUUUCUCUUAAUAGGUGAAUUUAAACGAGACGAUGAAUACUUGUGGAUAUCCAUAGUAAAAUGCAUCGUCGUGCGAAUAAAUGUUAUAUUACAGACGUUGAAUUAAAAAA